GAAGUGACAAACUCUCCUGGAAAUAAAGUAACUAAAAAAAAUAUGGAACGCACUUUCCUCACUGUUACUGAUUUGGAGGAAGUCAUCGGAAAUUAUGCUCAAAAUCGCCUUAAUCAAACCGUACCUGAGAUUGACAUCCGUGGUGAACAUGCAGGUGAGUAGAUCUUAAAAGCUGAUUUGGAAGUUUUCUUGAUUUCUAAUUCGGAGUUCAGGAUGAAUACAUGCAUCAUCCGUGGCAUAUUUUAGAAACAUCUGCUAACACUACAACUUUUUAGACGUUUUGCGAGGUAUGAAACGCCUUGGAUCUCUUUUAUGGCAGUUUAUAUCAGCAGAUUCUUAUCGCUCAUCAGUUAUCUCCAAUUCCCAAGAAUUCUUUCUAUUUUCCAUGUGUUCUUCAAUAUCGCCAUGGUCAAGAACAAGCUAUGAGGAAUUGAAAAAAAAAAUGAAUAGGACGAAUAAAUAAAUUAAGAAAAUGAAAAACCCUUCGAAUAUAUGUUAGUAACAAUGAUCAAUAGCACUUUAUGUAACAUUUGAAUCGAGAACGCUCCUUUGAAUGAUGAUCCUUGCAAACUACUUGCAUUUACUACCUCUAAGUGAUGGUUCCUCAGCCUUUUUGUCCCAAAACUUUUGAGGCCGACAAUUUGUGACUGUUACGAAAGCAUCUGAAUUUAUUUUGGCCCCCCCUUAAAAUAAGUCGCUGUUUUGCUUUUAGAUAUAUUGGUCAGGAAGAUUUUCCACGAAAAUGAGACUGGAGUACAAUUUGAGGAUGAUAAAGGAGAAAACUACGUCAGCCUUCCUGUUACAGGCUUCGAUAAAGGUUGGAGAGCUAUAUUUUUCACUUUUUUAGAUAAUGAUAUAUCUUUUCGUCGUAUUAUUCAAAUUAUUUUAGCGAUUGUUAGUGUUCUUGGUCAAAGGGGGGCUGGGUUUCAAGUACUAAAGAAAAUUCUAGCUGAAUGGCUGAUAUCUUAAUCUAGUUGUAUUGAUUUUCUUUUAUUAGCUUAUGUCUCCUUUGGUCGACGUUUUUCAUUCUUGUUACAAAAUUGAGCAUACCAAUGAAACAUACCAAUAAACGCACAGGGCCUUUAAACCGUGACAACUUGUUUUUUUUUUUUUUUAUAUCAAAGUUCACACGGCUACUAGGUGGACAAUCAGACAUGGUUUGAUGCUACUCUGGUUUACAAAUUCAAUGGAUGUAACCGAAGAAGUUACAAUUCAUAGACCCAACAUUUCAACACUCCUGUCCAAAGCCUUCAUCAGGGGUGAUCUAAACGCUGCGACAAGAGGUCCUUUUAUAUGAUCACUAAUUAGCUGCUUUUUCUCCGAAGAGGUGUAAUAGGCGUUAGGAAGUAAGCCGCCAUCAUCACGAUUUAAGGAGUGUGGGUGGAGUUAAUAUGCAAAGUUUCCAAACAAAGGCCUGUGUGCUCCGAUAAAGCUGUCUGUUCUUUUUUGUAAAAGAACAUCACUUUUUGACGCUCUUUCAAACGUGUACAAACUGACGUUUGGUCUGUCCGAUGUAUUUGUUAUCACAGUCAUUACAAGGAAUAGAAUAAAUGGCGUCGGUUCGUCUGAACAGGUUUUUGAGCAACUUCAACGUUGUGGUUGUUAAAAAUUCUCUUGACGGAUUCCGUAACACCUGAAUGUAAGGAAUAACAGCAUUACCAGUCGCUGGUUCCCUUUCAUCAGGAGUGCUACUAGUUGUAAACGGUUUAUUGAAGUUACGGAGAAGGGUUUUUGGAUAGCCAUUUGCCUUUAGGACAUUAAAAAAAUAUUUCCUCUCCUCAGUCUUCGAAUCGAGUGACGAUGGUAGACAGUCAGCCCUCCUGAGUAAAGUUUUGGCUACAUAAUUUUUAUGGCAAAUAAGGUAGUGAGAAAAAAAGAGAAAAAAAAAAAGCUUGUAAGAUUAGUGACUGUACGUAAAAAAUGUUAUACAGCAACGAAGGCUUAUGUCCACGUUCUUAUGGCGUACUUAAAUUUCAUAAACCGGGAAUUCCUUUGAGACCCAUUGUCUCUUUUGUUAGUUCUCCGACUUACGCAAUUUCUGGUUAUCUUGCGAGAAUUUUGUUGCCUGUUGUUGGGAAUACUGAUUACACUGUCAAAAAUGUCUGCGAAUUUGCGGAUUUCAUAAGAGAUAAUACUCUUAACGCUUGUGAAGAAUUAGUAUCUUUCGACGUUGUUUCUCUCUUCACUAAAAUCCCAGUUGAUCUUGCCGUUAAGGUUGCGGAGGAGAGACUCAGAGAAGAUGCUUCCUUAGGACAAAGAACUUCUUUGCCUGUAGAGGAUAUUAUUCAUCUGCUGUCUUUUUGCCUCAAAACCCCGCAAUUUGCGUACAAGGGCAUCUACUAUCAUCCAUCCAUCCAAUUCACCCUUGAGCGUGAAAAGUAUAGACAUUUGCCCUCUCUUGUUUUUUAAAUGUGUCCGGAGGGUUUCAGGGUACUUUAGAGACAAAUGUCUACCGUAAACCUACCCACACCGACUGACAAAUACCUCGCUUUCGAUUCUCACCACCCUAUUAGCCAUAAAGUAGUCUUCGGUUACAUUCAUUAAAUCUGUAAACCAGAGUAGCAUCAAACCAUAUCUUAUUGUCCUUUUUUCUCGAUAUUCUCUUAGUAUUAAAAUUGUUUCCAUUAUUACAUCUUAGGAUCAGUUGUGCUUUGUGUCAUUUACAAAGAUCUCCAUGAAAUAUUCCUAACAGGCCAGACCGACUCUGUUCCUGUCGAUAAAAUCAGGUUUGCUAAAACUUAGUAUUGCAUAUAAUAUCUUUCAUCUCAAAUAAAUCUCUUUUGGUAUGCUGAUAACCUACAUACGGCGUAAGAGAAUUUUUCUGGACUUCAAUUUGAAUUUCUCGUUUGUUUCUGUUUCUUUCGUCUUCAUUUUGUUUUUCUACCUUUUUAUUAAUUUAUCUUUUUGUCUUUUGAUUGUUUUUCUUUUUUUCUGUUGUUGUUGCUGUUUUUUUUUCUUUUAACUAUUGCUUUGCUUGUUUAUCUAUUGGGUAUUAAAUAGUAAUAUCUUGUCUGCAACGAUAUGGCCGAGGAACAACACUUUCAGAAAGGAUGUUACGUUGAGAUUUAGAAACCUUGCGGUAAGUUACAAUUAAUCAAGAAGAGCUGCAUCUGAAUUCGUAACUCUGAAAUAGAGUUUGAACAGGGCUAGUAUUUCUGGAAAAUUUAGAUAAAAUUUUUCAAUUUAACCUUCCCUUAUGCAUCCCUCUGUUCCAUUUUGGUCUUGCUUUCUUUUUUUUAUAUUUUUUUUGUUUGUUUUUGUUUUGUUGUUGUUGUUGCUUGUCGUUGCAUAUACUACUGAUUUGGUUUUUUUUUCUCUUCUUUUUUCGUGUAUGUUUUUGUGACUUUUGUGGUUGCGUUUUCUUUUUUCUUUGGUUUUGAUCUGAUUUGUUUUUCCUUACUAUUUCUAUUUAUUUUUAUUAUUAUCAUUACUAUUAUCAUCAUUAAUAUUAUCAUCAUCUUAUUACGUCAAGGUCUUAUUUCUCUUUAGGGAGUUUCUUUAAAGAGAGGAAACAGACUAGAAAUCUUGCGAAUAAUUCUUUACAUCUAUCUAAAGUGAUGGGGUGGGGUAUGAAAAAUUCCGGCGAGAGCACUACCCCCUCCACAUUAGCCAGCGAGUCGCUGUACUACGUAACAAUAACGGUACUUUACGGAUUUAGGAUGCACCGAACAGAAGCUGCGUGUUUUGGAAUACUUUAAAAAACAGGUAAACCGAUUUGAAUGAGUUGAUGACAUCGUUCACUUCAAAUUAUCAAUUUGCUUAAGGACUCUGCUUUUGUGCUCUGGUACAUCACGUUGUGUGGUCACCUCUUACUCCUUCCUUUUCUCCUUCUCAGGCUUCCGCGUCCUCAGCGGUCUGUAAGGCUGGCAGUUGUUUUGUUUGUUUUGUUCAUUUAGAAUCUAAAGACUGCUUUUCUAACUGUUUUCUGCUGUCAUUCUAGUUGGUCAGGACAAGGGUGCCUCCUAACAUCGAGGAACGAAUCUUACACUGAGUGCAGCUGCAAUCAUUUGACUCACUUUGCAGUUCUUAUGCAGUUUGACAAGGGAACUAGCAGUAAAGUUUUACCUGAGGUAGGAAUAUUGCUAUGCAUACAUGCAUUGAUUUCAGAAGGCAAUAAGACUACAAAGCAUUGAUGUGGCACUUUUUCUUACAUCUGCAUUAAUCCAGGUAUAUGGUGUGUAGCCCUCUUCCGUUACCAAUAUUGAAUCACUGUUUUUGAUUUCAUUUUUUAAGACUGACGAAAAAGCGCUGAAAAUUCUCACGUAUGUGGGCUCGUCUUUUUCUCUGGUUGGAAUCACUUUAACAAUCAUCAGUUAUGCUGUUCUUACGUAAGUACAUGACAUAGUUACACGCAAGCAUUCCAAAGCAAGCCGAGAAUAUAGAAUCAACAAGAAAUGAUAUCAGUUUAAAUGCAUAGCUAAGAUUCCUUUAAGCAGCCAAGUCGAAUCAUAAAAAUAUAACCAGGCUUUGUAUAAAAUGAGGAUAGAACUGACUUAGAAUAAAAUCAGUCAUUUACUUUUGAUUAGAGACAUGAGGGGACCCUUAUCUCAGAUUCGAGUGAGUCUAGUCGCUUCACUUGGAGCAGGUCAAAUGAUCUUCCUAACCGGAAGUGGUGCUGUUGAGAACAAGGUGAGAUGUUAUAUCAAACGAGAAGAGAGGAAUCUCUUUCAGUAAAUCUUUAUGACUUUCAAUCAACUCUUAACUCAACUUUUUAAUUCCUGUGCAGUCUGCCUGUGUUACAGUAGCAGCUUUUGUGCAAUAUUUCCUAAUGGCCGCUUUCUGCUGGAUGUUGAUCGAGGGAGUUUAUCUCUACCUGUUUGUUGUAAAAGUUUACAAUAUCAGCGACAAGAUGAAGGUUUCUCAUGGAUUUUCCUGGGGUAACUAUGAAAUAAAAAACCCAUUCUCUCUUUAAUGAUCUUUUGAAAAGUAAAAGAUGAACAUUGCCAUCAGCUAGACAUUACUAUCAUCAUUUGACUCUGUUAUCACUUCGAAUUUCGAAUCCAUCAUUUGACUCUGUUAUCACUUCGAAUUUCGAAUCCACAGGUCUACCCGCUCUCGUCGUUUCCACAUCGCUGAGCAUUGCAGCAGGAACCGGGCCAGGGAUUAAAAGCUAUGUCAGUGAGAAAUUGUAAGAAAUAAAUGAUUUUUUUUGUCAAGCGAUUUCUCUAUCACGAAUCCUCGUUGUCUCUCUCUCUCUUUUUUUUGUCCUUCUGUUGUUUGCUUGUUUGCAUUGUUUUGUUUUUUGUCUUGUUUAAUUAAUUGUUUGGUUUGUUGCUGUUGUUGUUAUUGUUUUGUUAUUUAUUUGUUGUUUUUAGUUGUUAUCAAACCCGGCCUGGAGGGUACUGCGUACAUGCAUGCGCAAAAAAAAAAUUAAUUGAUCCUUUAUCAAAGUUUCGCGUAAUUAAUUUUUAUUCAGCUGCUGGAUGUCAUCCACUAACGGCAUGAUCUGGAUAUUUGUUGUAUUCGUUGUGCUGAUUGAGUUGGUAUGUUGAAUUCUUAAAGUUUUUCCUUUUUAUCCUUCACACUUUGCCUUCAGUUAUCAUUGUUUUGUGAGCAUUUUUCUCGCCGCCUUUUUUAACCUCUUUGACUCUGUUCAAUAGUUUUCAACGAAACAUGAAGUAUAUAUAAUUUUUCUUGAGGUGACCCUUAUGUUGGAAGAUGCCGUCAGCGGUUACCGUGCAAGAUUUUUAGGUUGAAUAUCCUGAUUCGAGUCUCUACCGGGUUGUUGUGUUGUGUUGUUGGGCAAAACAUUUUGCGUUCACAAUGCUUUUCGCCCUCUCCUCCCAGCUGUAUAAAUGGUGAAAGAAACCUAAGAAAUGUCUUGCGGAAUGGUGGGGAGAGGGAAAGGUUAGGGGGAAACUUUUGACCACCAUCCACUAAGACCGCUAGGACCACUUAGCUCAAGUGUGAACUCCUGUUUUCCUUUGCAUAGUUAUCCAUGGUGUUAUCACUUUUUUUUCAGUUAAACACAUUGAUACUGGUGCGAGUUAUCAAGGAGAUGAUGAUCAUGCAGCAUGCAAAAGACAAAAACAGAGAACAAAUAAGGUAAGUAUUUCAGCGGCGCCAGUGGUAGAUUUAUAUAAGCCAUUAGCCUCAUACUUUGUCGUCUUAUACGAAUAAUGCCAACUCACAACAAUGGUAAGAACAAGUCUGUAAGAAUGAAACAUCUUAGGAAAUGAAAACGUUCAACCCUUCUUCAAAUUUUACAUGCAGUUAGGCCCUCAGGGGGGAUGCACAAAAAUGCCCUUUUUGAAGGUCGCAGCACCCUUUUUGCCAUAGUAACAACGGUAGCUUGUUCGAGGCCUGGGGCCUCAUUUUCAUACAAAAACGUCGCAAAAAAAGAGUGAAAUGUUUAUUUUUCUAUCUCAAGUUAAGUACAACAUUACAAGUUGGCACUUCUAUUAUUGAAAGUGACAUGUGGGUAAAGCAGGGAAAACGUUUAUAUAAAUUUCUCCAAAGGUACACUUAUUAUGGAACUGAAACUAGCCAACUAGCUGGUUAUAAUAUUGUAGUUUUAAAUAUGGAAAAAUAUUUCUGCGGGCCUGCCUCUACUUUCCAUAGGGGCAAUCAAAAAUCAGAUAUUUUAUAAUUUGGCGAGGAUGUUACUAUGUAUGGUAGAAGUGCCAACUUGUAAUGUUUUAUUUAGUUUGAGAUAGAAAAAUAAUCAUUUCACUCUUUUUGCGACGUUUUUGUAUGACAAUGAGGCUUCAGGCCUCGAACAAGCAGUCGUUGUUGCCAUGGCAACAAGAGUGCUGCGACCUUCUCCUCUGAGCGCCUAACCGCAUGCAAAAUUUGAAGGGGGUUGAAAAUUUUCAUUUCCCAAGAUGUUUGAUUCUUUCAGAGACUUGUUCGUAAAAGGAAAUUCUCUUGAUUUUCUUUUUUCGUGAUUUUAUAGGCUUGGUGUCAGGGCAUGCGUGGUGAUGAUUCCUUUGCUUGGGAUCACGUGGCUAUUUGGUCUUCUGUCGCCCCUGCAUAAAGCGUUUGCAUACAUUUUCACAAUUUUCAACUCCACUCAGGUAAACUGAAUACAGCUUUUAGUGAAUAGAAUCCGUGCUCAUACGGUACCAAAGUAAAAGGGCGGUUGGUGGAUUUAACUCUGAUUGAGAUAUUUCUGUUUCAAGUAUGCAUCUUGACAAAGAUUAAAGUCAGUGCUCAGAGUGCACCUCAUCUCAGGGCACAGGUUCACCUAACCCAUGUCUAUUAAGAACUCGUCUCUCCUGACACAAAAAAAACUCUCACAUUAUUUCAUUAAUUUAUACUUGAAAAAACACACGUUACGCGGCUGAUGAACUUUUAACAGUAACAGCAUUCUUUAGAAAACAGUGUUUAACCCUUUAACUUCCAAAAUAUUAUUAUUAAUUCUCCUCACUGUCUGCUAUACAAUUCUUCUGAUUUUACUUCUGAGAAUUUGGUAUUGGAUCAGCUAAUAAUCCCCUAAUUGAUACUUUUCUUGGUUCUCAUCAGUUGUCUUCUUGAUUUUGUAUUGAUAUUGUAAGGAGAAUUUCUCUCUUGGUCACUCAUGGGAAUUGUAGGAUUGAAAAAGAAAAAAAAAGGGAGAAACAGAUCAUGAUUCUAAGAUUUGUCUUUUAAAACAACGACCCUCUUUACAAUUAUAUGAAAAAGUGAAACUCAGUUUUCCAGAGUAAAAAACAAACCUCAAUAAAACAAAACAUAUAUCAAUUUUUUAUCAGUAAUCACAAUUUUGCUUAUUGAAACUAAGUCGAUUAAGGACAUGACAAGAGAACACCAACGGCCUCACAAUCGAAUACCUGAGAUCUUGAUCUAAUUAUAUUCCUCUCAAUAUUCCUGAAGCGCGUGAAAAGUGCCCCGUGAAGGCAUGAAGAGACAAAGUAGAGAACUUAUGCUUAAUAGCAGGAAAGGUUUGGACAUUUUUGCUACCCAGCAAAAUUUAAUCUUGAAAGGGUUGAAGUUGGAGGGCUUGGAUGAAAGUGCUUUGAAUCUACUAAAGGCGUUAACGUGAUUUUCUGCAUUGUGAUUUAACAGGGCUUCUUGAUAUUUCUCCUUCAUUGCGUGAGAAACUCAGAGGUAUGCUAUUAAAUUUUAUUAAGAAGUUUCUUUGUAAUUUAGAACUUUGCUCAGAUUUUUAACCCGAAAGCUUCCACUUUGAAAUAAGAAAUUCAAUUCAGUUCGAUGGUUGUAUUUAUUCGAAGCACGUUUUGUUGUUCAAUUCUUGAGAUCGUUUUGAUAUCAACUUAUUCAUACAGAUUAGAUCUCGCUUCAAGAGAAGGAUCAUUCGUGUCACCCCAACUGCAAUUGAAGUAACAAGCAUAAAGCGAGCUUCUCAAGUACAUGAAACCUCCAUGGUGAUAUUGCCAAGGAAAAUUAAUGUCCAGCCUCGCAAUAACCAUGAAAGUGGCACUGAAAUCUUUGAGAUCUGA